UGGUUUGGUUUUGUUGUUCUGCUCCGUGCACCAUGUCGAAUUCGGGCUCCCAUCAAGACACUGGGAACAAGCCAGAGACGGAAAAAAAUAAUCAAGAUGACUCUCAUCCCCCUGUCAACUCCGAAAGGAGGAACAAAAGUGGAAUAAUAAGUGAACCUUUGAACAAAAGUCUUAAGAAGUCCCGUCCACUCUCCCACUAUUCCACCUUUGGUAGCAGCAGCUCGGUAAGCGAACAUUCAGAGAAAGGCAACCCCUUAACUAAUGGCAACGAAGCAACUGUGGAAAAAAGUAAUUCUACCUCAAAGCACAAAAACAUCUCUAGUAUGCUGAGCAAAUUAGACAGGGUGUCAGAAAUCUCCUCAGAAGGACAGAACGCCCUACAACAGUUUGCUCAGUCGACAGAAAUGCUCAAAAGAGUGGUACAGGAGCAUAUUCCUCUAGCAAGCGACCAUGGGACUGGUAUCUCUGAUAUGGAGGCAGUCUCAGCUGCAGAGACAAUGAACAGCCCCUCUGAUUUUCCUUACCUGGGGGCUUUUCCCAUCAACCCAGGCCUUUUCAUUAUGACCCCUGCUGGCGUGUUUCUGGCAGAGAGCGCGCUCCAUAUGGCUGGCUUGGCAGAGUAUCCAAUGCAGAAUGAAUUGGCAUCUGCCAUCAAUUCGGGGAAAAAGAAACGGAAAAGAUGUGGCAUGUGCCCGCCCUGCCGAAGACGGAUAAACUGCGAGCAGUGCAGCAGUUGUAGGAAUCGCAAAACUGGCCACCAGAUUUGCAAAUUCCGAAAAUGUGAAGAACUCAAAAAGAAGCCUUCUGCAGCACUGGAGAAGGUGAUGCUUCCUACAGGAGCCGCGUUCAGAUGGUUUCAGUAGGAACGGGAAUCCCAAAGCUCUGUCAUCCAAGUGCAAUGUCACUGCUUGCUUGUGUUGUCUCAGGCAAGGGAUUUUUGGCUGAAAUGAAUGGAUGCACCUGUGUCUCUUUAGAACCAAAAAUAUUUUCUCGCAAAUUUCAUUCCUGUUUUUAUAAUUUUUUUUUUUUUUUUGCGUUUGUUUAACAUCUUCGAGUCCUAGUCAGACAUUUAACUGCUUUUCAAAUAAAAUAAUUAAAAGAAAAAAACAAUGGAUCUGUAAAGUACCAAGACUUAAUAGACAGAGUAUGGACAAUCAGUUUCUUUCUGUGUUUUGGUGUUGAUGUUGUUUAUGUGUGAAAGAUGCAGUACUUGUGUAGGGAAUGUAAAUUUACAGUAACCUUUUAAAAUCUAGUUACUAAUAAGCACUACUGUAAUUUAGCACAGUUGUUUAAUUGCACCCUCAUUUAUACUUUUUAUUUGAUUAUUUCCCAUCAUACAAUAGAGUGGAUAGUUUCUAGAAUGCCUCAACUUCAUGUUUAUAAAUGAGAAUAUGUUUAAAGCGAUGUAGUAUCCCUUCUCCUAGCCAUUCACGUAUGUAAGUUUAACCAGCAAGAGGUUUGGUAUAAAAGAUGGAAGAAAACAAUUGCUACAAAAAUGGUGGUCUUUGAAAAAGGAAAAAAAGAAUAAAAAAAAGAAAAAAAAUGUCAUUGUUAGUUUAUUAAUAUAGAACAAGAAAUACUGCAUACAGAAAAAAAUCCUAAUUGCAAUGGUUUACUUCUAGAAGUAAUUUUUGUAAACUUACUGAAGUUAAAAUCAAAAUAAAAAUAAUAUUGCAGGACCUGUGCUGAAGCAGUUAUGAAAAGUGAUAUUUCUCUUCUGUUCAAAUCCCCGUCUCUCCAGCUCUCUACAUCAUUAAAUUGAAAUGCUGUUUGUAAUGUUUUAGCAAUCCAGGCUGUUUUUGUGAAUAAAAUGAAUGCAUGUUUUGUGUCAUGA